AUGUCACACGUCGCCCACCGAGCCUCCAUCUUUCUCCUCCAUCACCACGGCAACGCCAGCGAUGCAGUUGGCACGGUAACCCCCCCAUCAUCCCCACCACCCGCCCUCACCCCAUCACACACCCCCACCUCGGGAAAAAAAAUAGCUGAUGACACUGCCGCAGCCGACAAUGAAACGGCUCCAGCGGCUUCACCCAGGGUCUGUCAUCAUAAUGUGGAUAAUGUGUUUAAAAUCCAGCUUCAAAAGAUAGAUCUCGCCUGUGGGGCCGAGAUCACGGGUAAAUCCUAG